UUUUAAUAUUUGCCUGCCAUUUUAUAGAUUGUUUGCGCACAUCUAAUCACAUGCUAAUAAACACGGUCUAUUUGCCUAACUGAAAGUAUAAAUACGAAUUUUAUUGCGAAUUUUCCAUACAGCCGUUUGAAACGCUACAAUGAAGUCUAGUAUUUUGGCGAUAGUGGUGGCCAUGUUAACAACUGUAGCUGAUGGAUACUUGGACUAUCGUGGCUUGCUAAGUCGAGCAGAAGCCAACGAAACCUGCCAAGAUGCGGGACGGCUUGGGUUAGCAUGCAGUUCUUGUAACGAAAUUGGUAGGUGUCUUUGUAACAGCGACGGCAGGAACUGCACAAUAACGGGAUACCAGCCAUGCCCUGCUGGGAGAAUAUGCAAACAGGGAAGAUGCGUAGUUGGCAGUAUAUGUACUCCGGAGAAACCACCCGAGUUUCUCUGUUCUUCGCCGGGCAUGUUUCCGGAUCCAUACGACUGCAAGGCCUACUACUUUUGCGCUCCUUGCGAUGGUACCGUAUUGAAGGCGGUACGAGUUGCCUGCGGGGAGGAUCUUGCAACGGGUACAAAAUACGGAUACAAUCCGGCCACGUACGUUUGCAGCAACAGGUUGACGAAUGGAGAAUGCACCACGUUGCCGAUUCCCGUAUGCAAGCGCCCUUUCGAAAUGGGAGUCGUGGGAGGUAAUUCGAACUUGUAUUACACCUGCUUGAACGUGACAGUUGGCAACCAAAUGACCUCAACGCUAUACCCUUACCAAGAUGCUUGUGAGUUAGGACGAAGAUACAAUGUUGCUACGGGAACUUGUGCCUAAAAUGUCUACCUAUCUGUACACCACGAGUUCGAUAUGUUCUAAUUGUAUUUAAUCUUAAACUUUGGGACGAUUUUGUUGAAAGCGAAUGGUGAAUGUCUCAAAGAGAUUGGUACGUGCGCUCUAUUUUUAGUCUUUAAGAAAUAAAUCAUACUUACCUUA